CACAUACCACAUUGGCAGGAUCCCCAGUUGCCAGCAUCCGAGCCCCACACGGCAGCCUUCAGCUGUGCCCCUGGAGCCGACAGACCCCACAGACCCCACCUGAGAUGUUUUCUUUUGCUUGCCGGAGCCUGUCUAUAACCCUUCUUGCCCUGCUCUGCUGCUCAGGGUCUGGUAAGAAGGCGUUUGAGGUCUACAUACAGUCCGAGAAGCAUGUAGUGGAAGCCACAGAGUCUUGGAAAGUCAACUGCAGCACGAGCUGUGAAAAUCCGGAAAAGGGUGGUCUGGAGACCUCUAUGAGUAAGAUGAUGUUGGAAGAGCACCCUCAAGGCAAGUGGAAACAGUUCUUAGUCUCCAACAUCUCCAAUGACACGAAUAUCCUCUGCCAUUUCACCUGUGAGAAGCAGCAGUACUCUACGGAUCUCAACAUCACAGUAUAUGAGCCUCCGUCUCAGGUCACCCUGAGGUUGAAGCCCCCUCGGGUGGUUGUGGGUGAAGCCUUCACCGUUGAGUGCACAGCAUCAGCCGUGAAGCCCCUUGAGAGCCUGACCCUCACUCUGCUCCAUGGCAGGGAGACCCUGCAGAACCAGACCUUCGAGGGAACUGAACAGAAGGCCAUAGCCAUAUUCAACAGCACAGCUCUAACAAAGGGUGAUCUCAACUUCUCCUGCCAGGCUGAGCUGGACCUGCGGCCCCAUGGUGGGCACAUAAUCCGCAGCAUCUCAGAGUCCCAGAUCCUUGAAGUCUUUGGACCUAUGCAGGACAACCAGAUGGUCAUCAUAAUCGUAGUGGUGUCAAUACUCUUGUUCUUAUUUGUGACAUCCAUCCUACUCUGCUUUAUCCUCGGUCAGCACUGGCACAGGAGGCGGAUGGGCACCUAUGGGGUGCUAGCUGCCUGGAGGAGGCUGCCCCGAGCCUUCCGGCAACGUCCCGUGUGAGCUGAUGUUGCCGGGCCCCUGGUGGCUGCUGGAACUCAACAUGGCACCCUCGGGGUGUGGUCCAGCAUGGGCUGAAGGACUGUGGCAGCAGCACAAGACUCUGGGGACAUUUCCUUCUUUGAGCCUCAAUACAAAUCCCUGGGUUUCA